UACCAACCAACUAACAAUCAUAUAUAAUAUUCGUUUCAUAAUAGCAAAUACGAGUUGAAUUUAAUAAUGAAUGAAACGAACCAAUCAUGAGCGGACCAAUGGCCGAGGAUUAUACAAUCAGCUAUGACUGGCAAUGACCAUUUAUAACGAGCCGUAUCUCACUGCCGUCUCCUCAGUCCUCACUCUUGAGAUCGAGUAAUCCUGACGGCUCGAGUGUUAGUACCCGGAACAUACCUCACAAAUUGGUAAUAAUAUAAUUUUGAGUGUAUCUGGUCUUAAACAAGUUUUUCUAAGAAACGCAAGACAUGCCUCUUAAGAUAGAGAAGAUAACUGAUCCGCUGACGCUUGGCGAGGGUCCUCAUUGGGAUGACAGGCAGCAGGCAUUGUUGUUCGUGGACAUCCUCGCGUGUACUAUACAUAAAUACGUGUUGUCCUCUAAGAAACACACGAAAACUAAACUCGACGGUCGACCGGGCUUCAUAGUACCGGUGGAGGGCGAAACGGACCAAUAUAUAAUAGGUUUGGAGUUGUCCUUUGUCAUAAUACAAUGGGACGGCGAGGAAGGCAGCCCGGCGAAGGUUCUCCGUACAUUAGCCGACGUCGACCAGGACGUGUCUCCCAAACCCAGGAUUAACGAUGGGAAGGCCGACCCUCGAGGGCGGAUUUUUGCAGGCUCCAUAGGCUAUGAGAAUCCUCCUGGUAAGUUUUCGCCAAAACAGUGUUCACUGUACCGUCUGGAUAAGAGUGAGGUGAAGAAAGUGUGCGGAGACAUAACGGUGUCCAACGGACUGGCCUGGGACCUGGAGAGAAAGGCCUUCUAUUAUAUCGACAGCAUGGACUUAAAGAUUAGGAGAUACGAUUACGACGUUGACUCUGGGGAUGUUUCGAACAUGAAGUAUAUAUUCGAUCUGCAGGCCAACGGUGUAGAGGGCUUCCCUGACGGAGCCACGAUAGACUCGGACGGUAACCUGUGGGUCGCCGUGUUCUCAGGCUCCUGCGUCCUCCAGGUGGAUCCGGUCCGAGGGACAUUGAUACAGAAGCUGGCGAUCCCCGCCAGUCAAGUGACCUCCGUUACGUUCGGAGGUCCCGACUUCGAUGUCAUGUUCGUAACAUCGGCCAGUGUCGACUACACGGGCCCCCAGGAACCUCCCGGAGGGUGCACCUUCAUGAUCACAGGCGUCGGAGCCAAGGGUCUUCCUAAUGUUUGCUACAAGCUCCAGUAAACUUUUUUUCAGUACAGAAACUUUCAAAAAGUAACUAUACAUUUUUAAUCUCUCUAUUAAAACUAACAUCCUGUAAAACGGUUUUAUUAUAAAGCACUAAUCUAUCCGACUCAAAAGCGAAUUAAAUGUGCCGGUGAGGACUGGUGAUGAAUGACUCUCCUCCCAGCUGUCUACCUCGGAGCGGAACUGGUCAUUACGUCUAUCAAUUAAUUUUUUUCACCACACUUGUUGGUACAUUUUAAUAUCAAAUAAAUGAGACAUAUAUAC